AUGUCUCCCAGCUCUGCCUUAGCAGCUGUGCUUGAAGAGCGUCCCAAGAGCGAAGCAAUCCUCCUGGCUGGGCGGAGGUAUUCGUCUCUUGCAACUCUGCAAAAUACAGUGGUAGACAUCGUGCUGGAGCAGGAGCCUGGAAUGCACCUUCGAUUCGAGGAUGAUGAAGAUGCCAUGAAGACUCUGCUCAGCUUCCAUCCAGAGGGUGACAGGCUGCUUGAAGACCUAGUGGCCAUCAAAGUGGAUUGCUCUCCGGUAGAUGAUGACACCAGGUGUCUGUGGGUCAUCAAAUUUGAUGGCUAUGAGGAAGACGUGAGUUUGAGAGCUUGUCUCGAAGGUCUGGAAAGAGCCCUAAAGCUGCAAGAUGAGCUGGAGAAUGGCAACCACCUCAGAAUUCAUCAGAACCUGAUGCAUUUGCGCCUGGCGAUCUUUGUUUCGAUGCUUUGCAGAACUGUUUUGGACGUCGCACUCUUGGUUCCCCAGCUGUAUUCGCAGACCAAGUUGGCGCACAUUAGAGUAAGCCAUCCUUGCGGUACCUGGCCAUUUGCCGGCACCGCGAUCGAGGGCGCGAUGUGGAAAGGAUCAAUGGCUCGGAUGGAGGAGAGGCUGAGGGCCGAGAUGGCGAUGACGACGCGGCCCUAUGACAUGUGGUUCUCCCUGAGGUGUCUUGGACUGAUGAGCCUCUUCGGGUGUUUGUCAGCAAUCUUCUACCCGGUGCUUUGGAUUGGAGUGGUCAUUCUCAGUAUGGUCCCACAGAUUGGCCAACUCUAUGCUCCACCCUUAGUGAUUUUGACCGCCUUUGGGACCGUCUAUGGACUCAUCAUGAUUGCCAUCUACUACAUGAACACCCGUGGCAACAUCUCAGCACUUCACAUGGCAGUGAGCGUCCUGGUGGCAUCCUUUGGCCUUUUCACAGCAUCCAUGGCAGAGAAGGCUUUAGAAGAAGGCCGACAAGCUGAGAAGGGGACAGGGAAAUGGAAGAUCCGUCUGGUUGCUCAAUGGAAAUUUACCGUGACACCAAUUCUCGCCCUUGCUAGCUUGUUGCCCUUUGGUGGUCCUACAGCACUUUAUUGUGCAAGCCUCUGCGUGUUGUCCGUGAAGGGCCUGAGGUGGUGUCUUCUUUACUCUUGUUGGGCCGGCCACUAUGUCUCCUCGAAAUCUGGGGGUCCGAUGAGAGUCUUGCUCACAGGGGAUUCCUUCCCUCCCAAGCUUGAUGGUGUGCAGAACUUUGCCAGGAAUACCAUCCAGGCUCUUGUCCGUGACGGUCACAAGGUUCAUGUGUUUUGCAGCAAUGGCAGUCCCGAAACACCUUUCGCUCCAGAAAACUAUGGAGCCACGGUGACACGUGGACCGGGUGUGGAGAUUCAGCCGAAGCACAAAAUCACACUUCCAUCUCCUCACUUUCUGAUGGCUUUGAUGCGAUUCAAUCCGCACAUCAUCCAGUUCUUCGACUUUACACCUGCCGCAUUCUUCCUCGUCCCCUUCCUUUGGUGGCUCGGCUUGCCAGUGGUCAUUUCUCAUCAUUCGAGAAUAGACCUCUAUGCCACCUACGUGCCAGGCAUCAUUGGAGACUAUGCCCCUCAGGUCAUGCGGGCUGCUUGCGAAGUGGUUUUUCCACUCGUGACAGGACAUUUGCUGAUUGAUGGCAAUCAGAAGGACCAAUCCUGGUUUGCAGGUCAUUCGAACAUUCGCUUCUGGUCGACCGGUUGCGACUUGGACUUUUUCCAUCCCUCCAAGAAGGAUGCAAGUGUUAGAGAAAGCUUCAGCAAUGGACGGCCAGACCUACCCUUGGUCGUCUUCGUUGGGCGCAUGUCGCCUGAGAAGCAGGUGGACAAGAUCGCAGACCUGGUGAAAGAAGCAAAUCCGCCAGGUGCACCGGAGCUGUGCCGCUUUGCCAUCAUUGGGCAUGGUGAUUCAUGGGAGUCGAUACACCAGGAGAUUGGACAUCGACCGGACGUGAAUAUGCCAGGUGUGGUGACCGGCGAAAAGUUGGCCUCGCUGGUCGCUUCCUCCGACAUCUUCUUUUCGCCCACUGUGACCGGCACUUUGGACCUGGUCUUUAUUGAGUCACAGGCAGCAGGGAUUGCUGUGGUGGGCCCGAGGGCCGUAGCUGUACCUUUGGUUGUUACGGAGGGUGUGAAUGGAUGCCUGUACACACCUUUGGACAUGAAGGAUGCAAAGAGAGCCAUUAAGGAGGUGAUCCCGCAGCUGGAGAAGAUGAAGGUGGAAGCUCGUAAGAAUGCCGAGGCCAAUUUCAAGUGGUCCAAAUCCUCCGACGAAGCCAUACAAUUCUACAAAGACGUUUUGCAGUACACUGCUGAUCGUGCAGCAUAG